AUGAUAAGUAUGAACGAAGUCCGAAGAGCUGGAAUACAUUCAUCCGGAACCCUCUUCUUAACAUGGCUCGCAUUCGUUCUAUGUGGAACUCCAGAAUUCAUUGUUUGGAUCACAAUGGGAACUGAUCCUGAUAUCGUUCCAAACCUCAGCUUCUUCCGCUAUGUUGCUUUUCUUGUUUACUAUCCGAUGUUGAUUAUUCAACUAUUCUUUCAUCUAUUCUCUGAUCCGUUGACUAUCUUUGGUAACGAUGAUAAUAACUGCCCUGAAGCAACUGCAUCUUUCCUUAACAGAACUGUUCUUUGGUGGAUGAAUCCGAUUAUUGCUAAAGGACGGGAAAAACCUUUGGAGGUUGAAGAUUUGUUUGAAUUAGACGAUGAGAUGCAGCCUGAAGGUUUAACCUUGAAAUGGAAAGUGCAGUGGGGGAAAGCCUUGCAAGAUUACGAACGCCGAAAAGCGGCAUUCAAUCUAUCUCGACCAGAAAUAUCUGCCCAAGAUUCCUUGUUAGGCUCAAAAGGUGCCAGAAAGAGCUAUGGAGCAGACGACAACAAAGUUAGGAAACCCGAUAUCGAAGAAGAAGAGGUACCUUUGCCUUCCAUCAUAUGGUCGUUAUGGCCGAUGUUCAAAUGGCAAUUAAUUGGAAGCUCAACCGUUAAAUUCUUUGGAGAUCUUUUGAAUUAUGCAAAUCCCGGAUUCUUAAGUUUGUUAAUAGCGUUCACUGAGGACGAGUCAGCUCCUUGGUAUUUGGGUCUCUUCUAUGCUAUCUUGUUGUUUGUUUGUGCAGAACUGCGCUCAUUAUUCAUUAAUUCUUACAACUACCGUAACACUAGAGUUGGAAAUCAAGUUCAAUCCGUACUUACAACAGCCGUAUAUGAGAAGACAUUACUUCUUUCUAAUGCUUCUCGUCGUAUGAAAACCCAUGGAGAAAUAGUGAAUUUGAUGGCUAUUGAUGUUGAAAGGUUUAGAAUGAUCACACCUCAGCUGCAACAGUUCUGGAGUAGUCCAAUGCAGAUUGUAAUAUGUAUGGUGUUGUUAUAUCAAACGAUUGGGUAUUCUGUGUUUGCAGGAGUUCUUGUUAUGAUUAUUAUUAUACCUGUCAAUUAUAAAAUUUCCUCGAUUAGUAAACGAUGGACAGUUCAACAAAUGAAAUUGAAAGAUGAUCGCAUCAGACUUACAAAUGAAGUUCUUAAUGGAAUCAAGGUUGUGAAACUGUAUGCUUGGGAGCCAGCAUUAGAGAAGGCGAUUGAUGAAAUUCGUGUAAGAGAAAUGGAUCUAAUCAGAAAAGCUGCAAUUGUUAAAACAGUUGCAGACAUGUUGAAUAUUGCUGCGCCAUUCUUUGUUGCACUCGCUACAUUCUCUGUGUUCACUCUAAGUGAUAGUACCCAUAUUCUAACGCCUCAAAUAGCUUUCGUUUCAAUUACAUUAUUCAAUCAACUCAGAGGACCGCUUCUCAUGGCUGCUGAUUUGAUCCAACAAACUAUCCAAUGUAUUGUUUCCAACAAGAGACUCAAAGAUUUCUUAACUGCUGCUGAAAUCAAACCGGAAGAUAUUGACCGUCAGUUGAGGGCAGAUGUAUUUGAAAAAGCUAUUGAAACGGAUGGAGCUGCUUUCGUGUGGGAAGAAAACGCUCCUUCUUCUUUCCAGAACAUUAACUUGGAUGUAGAAAGAGGACAGUUGAUUGCCAUCAUUGGUACUGUUGCUGCCGGAAAGAGCUCGCUGUUAUCAGCCCUGCUGGGAGAAAUGGAAAAAGUUCGCGGUUACGUCGGUGUUCGAGGAAUGGCAGCUUACGUUCCACAACAGCCAUGGAUUCAGAAUAGAUCACUGAGAGAAAACAUUAUUAUGGACCUGCCUUAUAACAAAGUGGUCUAUGAUAGCAUUGUUGAGGCUUGUUGCCUGACACCUGACAUUGCCAACUUACCUAAUGGCGACUACACGGAGAUCGGAGAAAAGGGAAUUAAUCUAUCCGGAGGACAGAAAGCUCGCGUAGCUUUGGCUAGAGCAGUUUAUCAAGAUAGGGAUGUUUACUUAUUAGAUGAUCCAUUAUCAGCCGUUGAUGCUCAUGUUGCUCGACACAUCUUCCAUCAUGUAAUUGGGCCAAACGGGUUAUUAAGUAAGAAGACAAGACUGCUUGUAACACAUGGUUUGUCAUUCCUCAAGGAAUGUCAUCAAGUAGCUGUGAUGAGAGGAGGAACGAUUUCCCAUAUUGAUACAUACAAUAAUCUCUUGGAAGAUGAAAAUAUUUCUGAAAUAUUCCAAGAAGCUGAUAUGAAAAAUACGGAUGAUAUUACGCCAUCAGAAUCUUCUGAAAGCACUGAGCUUGUUGGUGCCGAUAAUGAGGAAGAUGCUGAUGAAAACGCUGACAGAAAAUCACAAGCUAGUCGCAUUAGUCGGAAAUCCUCUCGAAAAAAUACAAAGGGCUCUUUACUCAAAGAACCUGAUGAGGAGGAUAAGCUCAUCAAGAAAGAGCUGGCUGAAACUGGAAGGGUCAAGUUUGCCAUCUACAGUGAAUACUUCAAGUCAAUGGGAAUUGUUGUAUACUUCAUUCCAUUCGUGAUAACGAGUGUCCUCAGUUCAGCAUUUGCAAUGUCUCGGAGCUUAUGGCUGACUGAUUGGUCGAAUGAUAAUAUUGAAGUUGGUGAGCACAUGUCAGUGCUUUAUCGUCUCUUAGGAUUCAUGGGGUUAGGAUCAACUGAAGUACUUUGUUUGGUCAUCAGUUUGAUGAUUAUGAUCCUUGGUGGAGUGCGGGCUUCUCUGAAACUUCACAAACCUUUACUGCAUAGCAUUCUAAGAAGCCCUGUGAGCUUUUUCGAUGUGACUCCAUUAGGAAGAGUUUUGAACCGCUUGGGUAAAGAUGUAGACAUCAUUGAUUUGAGAUUACCAGUGAACUUCCGCUUCCUCUUCAUUGCAUUCCUCAACGUUGUGCAGACAUGUAUCAUCGUCUCCAUAUCCACUCCACUCUUCAUAGCUUUCAUUAUUCCAGUUUUCAUAGUUUAUUUGAUGUUCUUGAAAUAUUUCAUUAGUUCCUCGAGACAACUCCAAAGAUUAGCUUCUCUCAACAGAUCUCCUAUAUAUUCACAUUUCGGGGAAACCAUUCAGGGAGUCUCUACUAUUCGAGCUUUUGACUGGUCCGAUAUGUUCAUCAAGCAAAACAGGGAUAAACUCUACACUUUCACAAAGUGUUCAUAUUUCUCAAUGAUCUCUGCUAGUUGGUUAGGCGUUCGCUUAGAAGUUCUUGGAAAUUCUUUGAUUUUCGCGACAGCUCUCUUAUCCGUGUUGGCCAAAUACAAUGGCUCAAUGAAUGCUGGUUUUAUCGGAUUAUCAGUUUCUUAUUCAUUGAAUAUUACAUUUAUGAUGAAUCUGUUCAUUCGACAGCUCUCUGAAGUUGAAACAAACAUAGUUUCAGUUGAAAGAGUUCGUGAGUACACGGAAGUAACUCCAGAGGCUGCUUGGAGAAGCGAACGUUUACUUCCUAGAGGAUGGCCCGCAAAGGGAAGAAUUGUUUUCAAUGAUUAUUCCACAAGAUAUAGACCAGGUCUUGAUUUAGUUUUGCGGGGUAUAAACCUGAAUAUCGUUCCGGGAGAAAAGGUUGGUGUUGUUGGAAGAACUGGAGCCGGAAAGUCAUCGUUGGCAUUAGCUCUGUUCCGAAUCAUUGAAUCGUCCGGAGGACAAAUUCUUAUUGACGAUAUCGAUAUUGCAACAAUAGGAUUACAUGAUCUCCGAGUGAAUUUGACGAUUAUUCCUCAGGAUCCUGUGUUGUUCUCCGGAACAUUGAGAUUCAAUUUAGAUCCAGUUGGAUACUAUGACGAUCCUGAUUUAUGGGCUGCUCUAGAUCAUUCGAAUUUGAAAUCUUUCGUUGAAAGUUUGCCUCUAGGCUUGGAUCACCGAAUAGACGAGAGUGGAGACAACUUGAGCGUUGGACAACGUCAACUUGUUUGCCUGACUAGAGCUUUGCUUCGUAAAUCACGAAUUCUGGUAUUAGAUGAAGCCACCGCUGCCGUUGAUGUGCAUACGGAUGCCCUGAUUCAACAAACUAUCAGAAAAGAGUUCGUACGUUCGACAGUUAUAACAAUAGCCCAUCGUUUGAACACUAUAUUGGAUUAUGACAAAGUACUUGUGCUGGACCAUGGUAGAACAGCAGAAUACGAUUCACCUCAGAAUCUCUUAGCCAACAAGAAAUCUAUCUUCUACUCAAUGGCUCAAACCGCCAAAAUAGUAUAA